UUACUAAUAAGAGGAAACCCGGAGCUACCCUCCCGCCCACUCCUAAGCCUACGCUUAAGGAGCACCAAAUCUCAUUCCUUAACCCAGGACUAGAUAAGUCCUUUGGCCCACUCGACGCUAGAACACGACUUAACAAAGCCUUCGAAACAGCGGGAUACCGGGGAAAAACCGUCAUCUCAGGCGUUAGACUCUCCCAAAACAACAAUAUUGUUGUAACGGGAAACCACGGAUUCCCUGCAUCUUUUCUACUAGACAAGAUUGAUAUAAUCCGGAAAAUCUUCCCGCAAUGCCAGGCUAAAACAAACGAAACCUAGUAUAAAGCGGCGAUCCACGGCGUUCCCACCCAGGAACUAAACGAUCUCGAUAUCUCGGACUUUAUAAAGACUGAGAUCUCCACCUUCUCGAACGGACUUCAAACAGUAGGUAAACCCUACUGGCUAACCUCUAAACAGAAGAGAGAAAACCAGCUCGCAGGAUCGGUUGCGGUAGCCUUCCGCACCGAAAAAGACCGCAGACUAGCUAUCUCCCAACGCCUAUAUAUAGCAGGAGUUAGCUGCAGAGUCGAAAACCUCCUCUCUAUACCGAGAGACCAACUCUGCAGAAACUG